UAUCUAGAAGGAAAAGGUUAAGAUGGAUAUUAUCCGGAAGAUUGAGGAUAUCGAGGCGGAGAUGGCGAAGACCCAGAAGAACAAGGCAACAGCUGGUCAUCUUGGUAUGCUCAAGGCUAAGCUUGCCAAGCUCAGGCGAGAGUUGAUCACGCCGAAAUCUCAGGGAGGAUCUGCAGCCCAGGACAGCUUCGAGGUUGCUAAAACCGGAGACUCCAGGAUUGGAUUUGUCGGGUUUCCGUCCGUAGGUAAAUCCACUCUGCUCUCCAACCUUGCUGGAGUAUACAGUGAGGUGGCAGCUUACGAGUUCACGACCCUGACAACCGUGCCAGGUUGCAUCAAGUACAAGGGUGCUAAGAUCCAGCUUCUCGACUUGCCUGGGAUUAUUGAAGGAGCUAAGGACGGAAAGGGAAGAGGACGGCAGGUUAUUGCUGUGGCUAGGACAGCAAACCUGAUCUUUAUAGUUCUGGACGUCCUCAAGCCACUGGGACACAAGAAGAUCCUUGAACAAGAGCUGGAAGGAUUUGGGAUCCGUCUUAAUAAAACCCCGCCAAACAUUAUCUUCAAGAAGAAGGACAAGGGAGGGAUAAACAUGCAGAGCAUGGUUCCCCAGUCUGAGCUGGACCUGGAGCUGGUCAAAACUAUCCUGGCUGAAUAUAGGAUUCAUAAUGCAGAUAUCGUUCUCAGGUGUGAUGCUACCUCGGAUGAUAUAAUUGAUGUAGUUGAGGGGAACAGGACCUAUAUACCUUGUAUAUAUCUUCUUAACAAGAUUGAUCAGAUCAGUAUUGAGGAGCUAGAUAUAAUCUGCAAGAUUCCUCACACUGUUCCCAUCUCUGCUCACCACAAGUGGAAUUAUGAUUCACUUCUAGAGAAAAUGUGGGAUUAUCUCAAGCUUGUCAGGAUCUAUACUAAACCCAAGGGACAGCUUCCUGACUACGAGUCCCCUGUAGUUCUUCAGACUGAUCAUUGCACUGUAGAGGAUUUUUGUAACAAGCUGCAUAGAUCCAUCAUCAAGGAGCUGAAGUAUGCUCUUGUCUGGGGAUCCAGUGUAAAGCAUCAGCCUCAGCGUGUUGGGAAGGAUCACAUCUUGGAUGACGAGGAUGUUGUUCAAAUUGUCAAAAAAGUUUAAUUCAAACUUUAAGAAAAUAUAUUUUUCAACCCUUCUAA